GCGAAGUGACAGUAUUACUUACGAGGCCCUCGAAACGAAAAUUGCCAGUUAAACGCGACGCAAGGAUUAAAAUAGUGUUAAGCCAUAGACAAGAACGAAACGAACAGUGAUUAUGUGCAGAAUUGUGAUUGUUAUAGUUGCCGCCUUGGCACUCUUCGCUGGCCAUGUGCUCACCCAGGACGUAGCUAAGACGUGCUUCGAUGCCAGCGGCAUUACUUGGAAUAAUACAGAAUACUUUGACACCUGGAUGGAGAUUGGACGUAACCCAAUUCAGAACACACCCGGCUGCGUCGCUUUCACAGCGAAUCUGACAAAUGAUAAUGUGACGCUAGCCAUCAAUGGCUCUCACUCGGCCAAUCCUACAGCGCUGUAUGCGGACAUUCGCGAAACUGCCCGUGUGAACCUGUCGGCCAACAACUUCGACCAGGGCUACAACGUCAGCUUCACCUCCGGCAGCACACAGAACGCGCCAGUUACGAUCAAACUGCUGGAAUACGUGAACAACACCUAUCUCGUAGGCUGCGGCUUCACCAACAAGUCAGACAUAAGCAGCAGCUUUGGCUUUAUUCUCUCCCGCUCCGAGCACAAUGGCACGCUGGCAGCCAAGGAAGCUGCCUCCAGGUACAGCAUCUUCCAAAACAAUGCCACCUAUGGCCAAAUCAACCAACAGGGUUGCAAGAAGAGCUCGGCUGGCCAAUCGCUGCCUAUGAUUUCUGGUGUUGUGGCGCUGGCGCUGUUGCUGAUCAAGGCGCAUUGACUCGUUAAUUAUUUGCUUGCCCUCAUAUAAAAGUGCUUCUUUUUAGAAUAUUGGUCAGACUUUUAUUUAGUUUCUAGUGAUUACUUUACAACAUAACUGUGUCAACAAGCAAACAACUGCAGCAGCAGCAACAACAAUUACAGGCAACAACAAAUAAAAAAUAAAUU